AUGCCUUUACCCUCAUCCCAGCCGUCCGCAUCCUCCUCUCCAAAUCUAAAGCGGAAGCAACCCACUAUCUCCAGCUUCUUCACGAAAAAACCACAGGCGCCAAAGCAAUCCACUUCGAACGAAGGCCCUGCGCCGAUCGACAACGAUUCCGAAAUUACAGACAAGUUAGCGGAGGACGAUGAGGAGGAUAUAGUUGCCCCUGUUCCGAAGCGGACAAAAUCAAAUGGGUCUCUUACCGUAAACCGGCCACAGAGUCCCAAGGCGAAGUCCGUAUCGCGGGUGGAGCAGGAAAGCAGCCAACGGACCGAGCUCUCUAAAUUCGCCAGUUCUCCUGCUAUUGAGACGGAGGGAAAUGAAGCGACCGAAUUGGACGGGUCAGCGAAAGUCCGACAGCAGGAGAGGGAGAAACUGCAUCAAAGAUUCGUCCGAAAACUCGGCGGGCCGGAUUGUCUGGUGGGAAUUGGUCGUAAUUGCGUCGGCGAAACAACAUCGAUUGAGGAGGCUGCAGAGGGGGAUGAAGACGAUGAGACGCCGCAACCAGUACAACCAAAGGGGAAGGCAGGGAAGAAGGGUGGAGGUAAACUCACUCCGAUGGAAAAGCAAGUCAUUGAGAUCAAGAAAAAGCACAUGGACACAAUCCUGCUUAUCGAAGUCGGGUACAAGUUUCGAUUCUUUGGUGAAGAUGCAAGAAUCGCUGCAAAGGAACUUAGCAUUGUAUGCAUUCCUGGCAAGUUCCGAUAUGAUGAACAUCCUUCAGAAGCCCAUCUUGAUCGGUUCGCCUCGGCGAGCAUACCUGUACAGCGACUUCAUGUUCACGUAAAGCGUCUCGUCGCUGCCGGUCACAAGGUCGGCGUCGUUAGGCAAUUGGAAACUGCUGCGCUGAAAGCAGCUGGAGAUAACCGCAACGCACCGUUUGUUCGUAAAUUGACGAAUGUUUACACGAAAAGCACCUAUAUUGAUGAUAUCGAGAGCCUUGAAGGGUCUACGGCUGGGGCAUCUGGUGCAUCGGCCACGGGAUAUAUUCUUUGCAUAACGGAGACGAACGCUCGGGGCUGGGGGAAUGACGAAAAAGUACAUGUGGGUAUUGUUGCCGUGCAGCCGACUACCGGGGAUAUCGUUUACGAUGAGUUCGAUGAUGGCUUCAUGCGGAGCGAGAUAGAAACAAGAUUGCUCCAUAUCGCGCCCUGCGAAAUGCUAAUAGUCGGUGAGCUAUCGAAAGCGACGGAGAAGCUUGUGCAGCAUCUUUCCGGGAGCAAGAUGAAUGUAUUCGGUGACAAGGUGCGGGUGGAGAGAGCACCCAAAGCGAAGACUGCAGCUGCCGAAUCGCACAGCCAUGUUUCGAGUUUCUACGCUGAAAAAAUGAAAUCUGCAGACGCUGCGGAUGAUGAGGUUGCGAGUAACCUGCUCCAGAAGGUGCUUGGCUUGCCGGACCAGGUCACGAUAUGCCUCUCUGCCAUGAUCAAACAUAUGACUGAGUAUGGCCUGGAACACGUUUUACAGCUGACAAAAUAUUUCCAGCAUUUUUCUUCACGCUCUCAUAUGCUUCUCAAUGGAAACACCCUGACAAGCCUUGAGAUAUACCAAAACCAGACUGAUUAUUCGUCCAAAGGCAGUUUGUUUUGGACUCUAGAUCGGACACAGACCCGAUUUGGGCAAAGAAUGCUUCGAAAAUGGGUUGGACGACCGUUGUUGGAUAGGCGUCAACUUGAGGAUCGAGUCAAUGCUGUAGAAGAGCUUAAGGACUUCCGAAAUGUCGUAAUGGUCGAACGAAUCAAAGGUUUGCUUGGUAAAAUCAAGCACGAUCUAGAGAAAGGCCUGAUCCGGAUAUACUAUGGAAAGAUGAUAGCACAGGAAUUUGCCGAUAUCGAGUCACCAGCAGAUACCGGGUUUUCCUCACCUGCCAUCAGCCAAGCAAUCAUGUCUCUGCCUACAAUUUUGAAAGAUGUCGUGUUUUUCCUGAACAAAAUAAACAUGCACGCGGCUCGAAAUGAUGACAAGUACGAAUUCUUCCGCGAAGAAGAAGAGACGGAGGAAAUUAGCGAGCACAAACUCGGAAUUGGGGCCGUUGAGCAUGAACUUGAGGAGCAUCGUCCUGUAGCCGGAGAAGCUUUAGGGAAGAAAAUGGUCACCUAUGUCUCGGUUGCAGGCAUCGACUAUUUGGUGGAAGUCGAGAACAAUUCGCCGGCCAUCAAGCGAGUGCCGGCAUCAUGGAUGAAAAUAAGCGGCACAAAAAAGGUGUCAAGAUUUCACACUCCGGAGGUUGUCAAGAUGAUUCGGCAGAGAGACCAACACAGAGAAGCGCUCGCCGCAGCCUGCGAUAAGGCGUUUUUGGCCCUCCAGGCCGAGAUAGCGACCAAUUACCAGGCGCUACGUGACUGCGUUCAAUCCCUGGCAACGCUAGACUGUCUGGUGUCAUUGGCCACCUUAGCCAGCCAGCCGGGGUACGUGAAACCUGAAUAUACGGAAGAGACGUGCAUCCAUGUCGAGCAAGGGCGUCACCCGAUGGUGGAGCAACUCCUUCUAGACAGCUAUGUGCCCAAUGACAUCAACCUGGAUAGCAGCAAGACGCGCGCUCUUCUUGUGACUGGCCCUAAUAUGGGUGGGAAGUCCAGCUACGUGCGCCAGGUGGCACUUAUUGCAAUAAUGGGGCAGAUUGGCUCAUAUGUCCCAGCACAGGCCGCAAAGCUUGGUAUGCUGGACGCGGUGUUCACCCGGAUGGGCGCAUUCGACAAUAUGCUCGCAGGCGAGUCUACCUUCAUGGUUGAGCUUUCCGAGACGGCAGAUAUACUGAAGCAAGCAACGCCCCGCUCUUUAGUAAUACUAGACGAGCUGGGCCGAGGCACGUCUACCCAUGAUGGAGUCGCCAUUGCACAGGCCGUUCUCGACUACAUGGUGCGGUCUAUCCGCAGUCUCACCCUCUUCAUCACACAUUACCAGCAUCUUUCUGCCAUGGUGCAUUCGUUUCCUGAUGGCGAGCUGCGAAAUGUGCACAUGCGAUUCAGCGAGUCGGGGACUGGCGCGGACGAAGACAUUACCUUUCUUUAUGAGAUUGGAGAAGGUGUCGCGCAUCGUAGCUAUGGGCUUAAUGUUGCGCGGCUGGCAAACUUGCCUGCGCCACUUUUGGAGAUGGCCAAGCAGAAGAGUGCCGAGCUGGAGGAGAAAAUUCGUCGCCGAAGACUUGCUGGUUUUGUUGCUGCGGUUGGAGCGGUAGUGCAGUCGAAUCAGGCCGAUGAGAGUGUAAUCGAGCGGCUGGUUAGCAGUAUGGAGGAGCUGUAA